CACAAGCGGGGUCCCAUGAAUGGAUACGACGGCGGGUGUGGCGAGGACACCGGGCAUGGCCCGCUGGCUCUGCUGACACGACGUCUGGCAAUGGAAAAGUCGCCAGAGGCAGCGGAACUCUUGACAAACAGCAAAGAAGAGCGCGUCUCAUCGUCGGGUGCGUCGGCGGCAUCGCACCUUGUGUCCAACGUGGGCUCAUCGGCGAGUCGGCUUCCUGUUCCGGCACGCGAGUUUGGAGGGUCAGCAUUCCGCGUGGUCACUCCGAAGCACACCUUUCCAGGUGGGAUGCCGUCCCUACCUGGGUUGAUGCGACCUGGCAGCGGGUGGCCCAUGGACCCAUUGGUGCCGCCACUGUGGCCUUUGGGACUUCGGGCAGACCCUCCACCACCACUAUGGCCCUUCCUCCAUCUCUACCCUCCUUCCGAUACCGGAUCUACAACCCCUGGAAAACAUCUUGACAGCAACAAGCUAUUCAGUCCACACACUCUGUCCGCCUUCCAGCUUCGACCCUUCAGUUUUACCGCAUUCACCUGCGACUUACGGAUGGGACGUCCGUGGCUCUUUCCCGACGUGCCCCCACCCCUUCCUUCCUUAUCAUCCGAACACUCGGUUCCAAACAGCACCAGUUCACCCGCGGGCACCAAAUCCACGGCAUUGAGCUCCGUCGCUUCCGUCAGUCCUGCAUCGAGCGAGGCCAGUCUCGUUUCCCACCAGACAUCCAGCGCCGCCUCGCGAGUCCUAGACCUCACCCCGAGGCUGAGUCCGUCGCCCAUGGGCAGUCCCGGACUACUAGGGCAUCAUCACCACCACCACCUGCACCACCUUCACCACAGCCUGGUGGGGUCGUCUCUGUCGGACGUGUACUCGUGUCUAAAGUGCGACAAGAUGUUCUCCACAGCGCACGGCCUGGAAGUGCAUGCACGGAGGUCGCACAGCGGUAAGAGGCCGUUCGCUUGUGAGCUGUGCAACAAGACGUUCGGCCACGAAGUGAGCUUAAGCCAGCAUCGAGCCGUGCACACGUCUGAGCGUACGUUCGAAUGCAAGCAGUGCGGCAAGACUUUCAAGCGCUCUUCGACUCUGUCUACGCAUCUGCUUAUUCAUUCGGACACUCGACCUUACCCGUGCGAGUACUGCGGCAAGCGCUUCCACCAGAAGUCGGACAUGAAAAAGCACACAUAUAUUCACACAGGUGAGAAACCCCACAAAUGUGCAGUGUGCGGAAAAGCCUUCAGUCAGUCGUCAAACCUCAUCACCCACAGCAGGAAACACACGGGCUUCAAGCCCUUCGCCUGCGACGUCUGCGGAAGGGCAUUCCAACGCAAGGUCGACCUCCGGAGGCACAAGGAGACGCAGCAUGCCGACGUGCGACCACUCUAGCAUCCUCACCCCCCAACCCCCUCAUCGAAAGAAGUGAAACCGAGUGAAUACGUGUGAAUAUGGACUGCCUCGCAAUUUGCUUAUCUUUUCUUUUUAUUUUUUUUAAAUUUUUAACGUAACGAAGUAAUGAUGUUUGAGAUCAUUGCUUCUCUUCGUUGCCGUAAUGAAUGUUAGAGAGGGAGCAUGUAAGUCCACUGUAUAAAGUAAAUUGUAAAUAAUUUUUGAGAGACGAAAGUGUAGCCUUCUACUAGAUAGUGGAGAGUUUUGGUUAUAGCGUACGCUAUCACGUUGCGUACGCUACAACUGAAACUGUUUUAUGACGACCCGUGUAUAGUUACGCGUACGAUUUUAUCAGAUAUGACGGAUCGGACGAGUCGAGUCAUUUAUUUGUCCACGCGACAGGAUUGAAGAUUUCCAGAUUUUCAGAUUUCGUACUUACUGAGGUUGUCUUCAAACGCCUGUUGGAGUCGAAAUGCACACUAGAGACGUGACUUCAUGAAUCAACAAGGCUCGUUGUUCCGACUGUGACCGUUAACUUUGAUUUUUCGUUUGAAAGGACAGUCUGGAGUAGUCGACUGAUUUUGAGACUAGGAUUGUAUUCAGUUGUAAGUUACAUGUAAAUGUCACAUGCAAAAUUUCAUGCAGCAGCGCCUCGUAGUUUGUGAGAUAACCAAAAAGAACGUUACGUUCAAACAACUCGUUCACAUUCGGUGUUACUUUCACGGGGACGUAAGCAUGAGCUACCGCACCUUGGCGUUUUACAUUGAAAAAAAAAAGAAAAGAAAAUCGAGGUUGUAGUCGGAGUAACCAGCCUGUUCUAGUAUGUAAACACCGCGUCAUUACUCAGUCAAAAAUAUGAUCUGAAAAUCUGUUCAUAACCGUUUGUUGUUAUACACGACGCGUUCGAAUAGGAUUCUCCUAUAUAGUCGGCAAAGAGGAACACAGUACAUAUUGUAAAUACAGCUUCACUGCUUCGUCUCUUUGGAUGCUUGUUACCUAGAGAGAAUACAACGCUAACCGCUUGUAGGUUGCGAAUAUGCGAAUCGCUUAUAACGUGAUAUCGCUAUAGCCGGGUGAAGUGCAGUAUACAGUACCAACGCGUGUUCCAUAUAGCGAAUGCUCCACACACGUUAGAACAAGCGCUCCAAUGAGAUCUUCGAACUGAGAGAUGUGCCUGUUCAGUGUGCAAGGACAACUGCGUCACGUACAGCAAGUGCACUGACAACGUACAGUACGCGCAAGUGGACAUUUGGCGUUAGCAGCCAAUUACUGAGUGGCUAGUGCAAUUGUGCUUCACGUUGUAUAUUACGAACUGUUGUUUCAAGGACGCCACGUGAUUGUUUCUAGUCGAAAUGCCGACACGCUAUUGUCAAUCGGUGCCUUGAGUGAAAGAGCACUUUGCGUGUUUUGUUUUUCUUCCUGCGUGUGAACUUUUCUUGGACAAAGUGUCUUCACGAAUGAUUAAAGCAAAUACUUACGAG